AUGGCAAGCCAAUAUCCGGGUGGUUAUGGCAAUGGCCUUCAACUCAGUGACAUACCGCAUGGUAAUAUUUAUCGACCCACUGAACAACAUUCAGACGACGAAGCAGCGCAUUCCUUACUGCACCAGACUGCCGCAUAUCUGUCGCAGUACGAAGAUCCCCAUUGA